AUGAUACGCGAGGUAGCUCGUCGCGCUGUGUCGCUUCCGCGUUGUAUCAGGCACUUCUCCUCUUCCCCCGACGUGCAGCCCCCUUCUCCAACCGCCCUGUCUCAGUAUGUCAAGCGGAUUCUGGAUCGGACGGACCAAUUGAGGCGCUACCAAGAGAACGAUGUUUUUCCUCCGAGCAACUGGCAACUCCGCAACUGUUACCUCUACGCUCUACUGCAACAGCCGACCAAGACCGAGAUCGACGCCGUGGAGUUCCUCGAGGGCGCUAAAUUCGCCAGCGAAUGCGUCAUCAGGGCGAUGCAUUCGCAAGAUCUGAUCGACUUUGCCGGUGAGAAGGCCCCCAGACCCCCGCUCGCGGACGAGAUGGAGCAAAUGUUCGAGUCUAUGUGCUACCAGGUCCAGUUCCUCCCGCGCGUAAAGAGACUCGGACUGGGAGUUUCCAGUCUCGAGUUAAGGGAGCUCGACUUCACUGGGGUUCAUCUAAGCGGGGUCAGUUUCAAAAGGCCAACACGUGCUACCUUGAAGACGGAGGAGAAGCUUCUAGCUGUGGGCAAGCAGGCUAUGGCUCAACAGAAACAGAAGAUGAAGGAGAUGGGCGGUAGACCAAAUUUUGCAGAGUUGAUGUCCGGCUUUCGUUCCGUCAAGGAGCAGCUGGAGAGUGUGGAGAUGGAGCCACACGACGGCUCGGAGACGCUCGAGAGGCUGCAGCUCAGUACGCUGAUCCAUACAAAGCAGACGGUGGAGGCUGUUUCGGCGAAGACAGCGGAGCGCAUCGCGGUGAAGACUGAAGUCAAGACGCUCAUGUGCUUCGAGUCCUUGGUCACGGAUCCUCAGGACGUGGACUGGCAAAUUACCCGGAUGAAACAAUAUGGACGAGUAGUGAGUCGAGAAUUAGUCGAUCUUAAUGCUGGAUAA